AUUAAAGAAAUGUAAUUUCUUUCUUUUUUUGACAAAUAAAAUACAGCCUUUUAGUAUUUUUUAAGGCCUAAAACCAGCAUGUUAAUGUUUUUCUAAUUUAAUAAAUGGUUUAUAAUAACUGUUAUUUUCGUUAGGCAAAACGUGAAGUCAGAUCCCAGUGUCUGCUGCCUGGUAUUUGGAACAUGCAUGAACAGGGACCAGUUAUGGUGAAAUCCUGCAGAUUUUGUGGGGAUAUCUCAGAGAAAAAAAAAAACAACAAAUGACGUCACCCUGGAGUAAGCCAAUCACAGCCUCCCUGCGCGGCGCGGCGUGACAGAGGGAGGAAUAUUUCAGCUGCCGUUGGAGGCGCAGCUUGCAGAUCAAAUGUCUGAAUGAUGCGGGAUAUUAAAGGUUAGGGUUUUUUUUUUUUUGUUCGUGGGGGGAGCGCGCGCGCAUCAGUAGUACGGUCGGAGGACCGGGAGACUGAAAAGAAGAAGUGAAUGGCGGACGGAUCCCGGAGCGGAGAGAGACGUCAGUAAACAGUUUACAGACCAUGAACUAUGUGGGACAGCUGGCGGGCCAGGUGUUCGUCCAGGUAAAGGAGCUGUACAGAGGACUCAACCCUGCAACUCUGUCUGGAUGCAUCGACGUCAUAGUGGUCCGACAGCCCGAUGGCACCCUGCAGUGCUCCCCGUUCCAUGUCCGCUUUGGAAAAAUGGGUGUGCUGCGAUCACGCGAAAAAGUGGUGGACAUAGAGAUCAAUGGGGAGCCUGUGAGUUUGCACAUGAAGUUGGGGGAGAAUGGAGAGGCCUUCUUCGUCAAGGAGACGGAGAACAAGCUGGAAGUGGUCCCAUCCUAUCUUGCAACAUCCCCCAUCUUGUCAGCAGGGGAGGAUUUAAUGGAGAAGGAGCUGCGAAGCUCCCAUCACUCUGACAACUCACAUCCUGUUCAAAGCCUGGGAGCACAAUAUGGUGAUGGAGGCACAGCAAAGAAAAGGAGAAAAAGGAGAAGAAAGGCAAGGCCAGAAGGAGCGAGCAGAAGAGAGGAGAGUGGUGAUGACUUCUCAGAGGACGAGGACAUGUUCACUAUUGAUCUGAGCUCUGAUGAGGAGAAGGAGGGAGACAACUGCAGAUCCAGUGAUCAAAGCCCAUCAGCCCACGCCAACACACACCCAAUCAGCUGGACUCUUUCACAAAGUAAUGUGGCUAAAGAGACUCUGUCCAUCCCUGCACCGUGCGGUCUAUCCAUCUCUUGUCCUCAGAUGACCUCUGAGUUUUUGUCUCUUGCUGGUCCGGAUGAGUCGCCAUCAUUAACCCCGAAGAGUGAUUCAGAACUGACCAAUCAGGCCAACCCUGAGAUGCAGUGGGCGUGGGGGGAGCUGCCCCAGGCCGCCCAGCCACCCUUCCUCACAUCCCACCAGAAGCAGGAUUCUUCAGUAGCAGUCUCCAUCCCAGUUACUGCCAGCACUCACUUCAGAGCCAUCAGUGAAACAGGGCCCGUCUCCAUCCCUUCCUUCUCUUUUCACCCUGAGGAGGCCAUCUCCCUCGAAAAGGACAAAGACAAAGAGAACGGAGAUGGAGAGAUUGAAACUAUCGGGCCAUCAUACACAGAGAUAGAUGGUUUCACAGUUUGUUCAGCAUCUGCAAAGAUUCUCCCUGAUCAUCUCGACCGAGGCAGUAACAGAGGAAGUCCAAUCAUUAGGACUGAUUCACCAUCCAGGAAGAAAGAAAAGAGAAGCCAGCAUCUUGGUGCAGAUGGGAUUUAUCUGGAUGACAUUGCAGAGCUGGAGCCUGAGGUUGCUGCUUUAUAUUUCCCUAAAAGUGAUGGAGGCAGCAGCUCCAUGAAAGGGGAGUCUGAGUUGAUGAUGAUGGAUGUGAGGAGCGCCAACCAGUCUCCACAGUCAGUGAGCAGCGGGAUUGACAGCGGGAUUGACAGCUUGCUGGAUCAAAUUAGCGACCUGCCCCAUGUCGCAAUUUCAUUAUGUGGAGGACUUACUGAUAACAGGGAGAUAACCAGAGAGCAAUUCCUGGAGAGAACAAUUUCUUACCAGCAAUUUUCAGAAAAUCCUGCCAUCAUUGAUGAUCCAAACUUGGUGGUCAAGAUAGGAAACAAAUACUACAACUGGAGCACAGCUGCUCCUGUCAUGCUGGCCAUGCAGGUCUACAAGAAGCCGCUGCCACAGUGUUGGUGUUUGAGUUAUGUCUUUUCUGCUUUUGGCUUCUUCUCGUUCUGCUUCCCAGGCCUGUUUGGCUACAGCUCCUCUCCACCUGAGUCUGUGGAGAACAUCAUGAAGGAGAAGAUGCCAAAGAAGGGUGGACGCUGGUGGUUCUCGUGGAGAAGCAGGAACACUGACUCUAAAUCGGAAACAGUGACGGAAGCAGGAGACAGAGACGACAACUCAUUAACUAUGGCCUCAGCAAACAGCUUCAAGGACGAGUCUUCGUCAAGUGAUGAGGACCACAGGAUCUCCUCUCAGGUGUCUGGAUCUUGUCAACCAGAGACCCUUCUGAGUUCAGGCGCCGUCUGCUAUAAGAAGACCCUCAGGCUCACUUCAGACCAACUGGCAAGCCUGCAGCUAAAGGAAGGUCCCAAUGAGGUAGUGUUCAGUGUGACCACCCAGUAUCAAGGCACCUGUCGAUGUCACGGCACGAUCUAUCUGUGGAGCUGGAAUGACAAAAUAGUCAUUUCUGAUAUUGAUGGAACCAUCACCAGGUCUGACACUCUGGGUCACAUCCUCCCCACACUGGGGAAAGAUUGGACGCACCAGGGUAUUGCGCGACUCUACCACAGAGUCAGCUUGAAUGGAUAUAAAUUCAUGUAUUGCUCAGCAAGGGCUAUCGGCAUGGCAGACAUGACCCGAGGUUACCUGCACUGGGUCAACGAGAGAGGAACCAUGCUGCCUAUGGGCCCGGUGCUGCUCAGCCCCAGCAGUCUGUUCUCUGCCUUCCACAGGGAAGUGAUUGAGAAGAAACCAGAGAAAUUUAAGAUAGAGUGUCUCACAGACAUCAAGCACCUUUUCUACCCAAACAGUGAACCUUUCUAUGCGGCCUUUGGGAACAGAGCUACGGAUGUUUAUUCCUACAAAGAGGUAGGCGUUCCUCUCAACAGAAUUUUCACUGUCAAUCCAAAGGGGGAGCUGGUUCAGGAGCACGCCAAAACAAAUGUCUCCUCCUUUGUGCGCCUGUGUGACAUGGUUGACCACGUCUUCCCAGUCCUGGACGCAGAUGGGGAGGCCAACUUUCCUCACCCUGAUACUUUGGAUGACUGUAAUGCCUGGAACAAAGAACUGUGUGACACCACCAGUCAGGAAAAAGAAGAAGACCUGCAGGGUACAAGCUGAGGAAAUGGCAUCAAUGCAUGGAGACCGGUACAGGUUGACCAUUUCACAGGAGACAUUUUUCUCUUUAAACAGUUUUACAAUGAAGCUCAAGAGAAACUACAACAACAAAGAUGGAAACAACCAGCAAUCAUUUUCUUUCCAUGGACAGUGAAAGUUGCUCCCAAGCUCAAAGAAAACAGGUUUUUAAACUUUGACUACUGAUUUCAAGCAAAUAAAAGUAUUUCAUUAAUAUGACACUAACAUAUCACAACAAUGACCCUCAAUAGUUUGAAUUCAGGAAAAGAGAGGCUAGAAGAUAAAUGAUAACAAACAUAACUUGUGUUGUUAAUCUAAAGUAUAGCUUUUGUUAAAAAAUAGUUGAAGUUCUACAUAUGUAAAAGAUUUUCAAAGGACUGCCUUUUAAGCACACACUCAGAAAAAAAAGAUAUUGCACUGCAUAUGGUAUUAUUAAUUUACUUUAUAAGUAAUUAUUGCAACAAAUCAUUUUACUUUCCACAAUACUACACCUACACAGGAAGAAAGUAAUACUUCAUGCAUCUUAAAUAACUUAUUUAUAAAGUAUUUUUCUAUAAAAUAGUAUAUAAUUUGUACAUAUAACAUGAAAAGUUUUCACUGUACAGCAUAUAGAGUCGGUUUAAGUUUUGCCUGGUUAAGGUAUUUAGAAUGUAGACUAAGAACCACCAAAACUAUUCAAUAGAUGAGAAUUUAAAGUGCAGAUAAUGUCAUCUAGAAUCUUCUGUGGCCAACUCUUUUUCAGGUUCAUUUCAUAUGUGUGGUCUUUUGACCGUUCUACUGUGAAACAUGUGGUCAUGGCACAUUUUUCAGUUACUAUGUUGAAAGCAGGACAAUGCAAACAUAAACAGUCUGUUUUUUAAAGAUGCAACUAAAGGGACUUGUAAUAUGUGAGAAUGUUAUUUAUAAUACUCGUUGUUCUAACAACUAAUGCUCAUCAAUGCAAUUUUUUUCAUGGACUUAUGAAUGACUAAGAUCUUAUAUUUUUUAUGUUUAAAGUGUUGAUAUUUCACAGAUUUGUAAAAUCUUUUGUACUUAUGUGUGUGCCGUUCUAAUCUGCCCUCAAGAUGCCAGGAGAACUUUUCAUUAGAAGCAUCUAUAGGGUGUUUAAUGUGCAUAUUUCUUUGAACUUUAGGUUUUUAACCACUGGUCCACAAAAAAGCUACUAAGAUGUAUUUAAGUGAGAUGGAAGACGGUCUGUAAGAUUUUUAAAUAAAGUGUAACUAUUGUAAAUAAACCCAAAACAAGUGGA